AUGAACGGCAACAUCACCAAAAUCAACCAACGCUACACAGAGGCUACUGCAGAAUCCGCCACCUUGCAGGAGCUUGUCGUCAACGAGCUCAAGUCCAAGAAGCACGUUGCAACAGAGGGUCUGUUGUGGCUGACCCGUGGCCUCGAGUUCAUGUGCCUCGCUCUCAAUGCCAACGUCAACAACAAGUCCGAAGAGCUUGCCACUUCCUUCCGCAACGCCUACGGCACCACCCUCAAGCCCCACCACAGCUUCGUGGUUAAGCCCCUUUUCAGUGCCGCCAUGAGCGCCUGCCCGGCGCGCAACGACUUCUACAAGAAGCUGGGUGACGACGAGGCCAAGGUAAACGAGCUCAUGCAGCAGUACCUGGCCGCUCUGGACAAGAUCAUCGGCAUCCUGAAGGCAUUUGUCAACAGUAAGGAGGCCAAAUGGUAG